AUGCAAUUAACGAAAAUAAACAUACAAAAGGAUUUAAAAUUAUCAAAGAGUAUCUUUGAAGAAAACAUAUUUUUAAUAGAAAAAGAUUUUCGUAAAACUCUACAAUUAACACCCAAAAGUUCUUUAUCACAGAGAAAAGAUAUUCCUAAUGAUCCAGAAUUACAGUUAAUAGAAAGAAUUGUCCAAAAUGACUCUUUUCUGAAGAAUCUUAUAUCUUUAGUUGAAAAAGAGGAAGAUAUUCCUGGAUUUGGGAAAAAAGAGCGAAAAAGAAACAAUAGCAUCUGCAAAGUCAAGCUAUCACCUCCACUGGAAGAGGACUGGCAGGGUCAAGAGUCAACGGGAUUUGAUAACAGUGGGUCAACUGAUAAAUGCGAUUCGAUCGUGAAAUAUAAAUUUAUGGUUCCAAAUCACUAUGCGAAGCAUCAGUCGAUCGCGAAAACACCAGAAGAACAUAUUAAGAUCUUCAAGAUUUUUUCUUGUUUUGACCAGCUAAUAAACAUUUCCGAAAAAGUUUUAUCAGCUGACUCUAUCGUGGAAUCCAUUGAAAGUGUGACAAAAUGUUCGAAUUUUGAAAAAUAUUCUAAGAGGAGCCCGAAGAAUUCGUUAACUAUCUAUAUAUACAAGGAAAAAGACUUUGGUGAAAACUUUAAAUGUCAAAUCAUCAAAGUGCAAGAGUUCGAAAAAAUAUUAAAAGAAUCAAUUAUUAAGAUAAAAGAUUCUGAAGAAAUCUUGACAAAUCAAGUUACAAAAAAAGAUAUUAAUAACUCGCUCACUUUGACGAUAAUAGACCUUGAAACUUCAUAUCAUCAACAAUUGAUUCAAAGAGGUUUACAAAACCUCUUUGAAUUGUUCUUUAUAAAUCAUCAAUUUGUUGCCACUAAUUGAGCGAAAGUUAUUGAAGAGGGAGAAGAUACAUAGAACGAUCAGCAAGAAGCCC